GUGUCGAGAGGUAUGAAGCUUCUCUUUUCUUCUUAUUAUUAUUUUUAUUAGUGAGCUCUGUUUCUGAUUCUGUGAAACGAAGAUUUGGAAUCAGUCAAUAUUUAAGAAAAUUUUAGCCCAGGGGUUAAAAUUCUGGUCCAGUUAAUAUUCAUGCUGUAUUUUUCUCACUUUUCUCACCAAUCAAACAAAGUUUGAGGAGGUUCUCUUUCCGCCGAUGUUCUCUUCAAUAAAUCGCGAUCCGAUUAAUUUUAGGUAAUUUUGGAACUUUCUAGUUUGCUAUCUGGUGUUUCAGGAGUUAAACAAGUUUAAAAAUGAGUAACAGAGGGCGUGUAAAGUGGAAUGAAGCUAACCUGGUGGAAAUUGAAGCUAAUAAACCUGUAAGACAGAAAAUCACUGAACCAAAGACGCCUUAUCAUCCCAUGAUUGAUGAUGAUGGUUCCAUGUCUCCUGUGCGUGGGUGCUUUGAUGACUGUGUUGAUGAUGCAAAGCAUGCUGAAGAAUUACGGACCGCUUUAAAUGAUAUGGCUUCUUCAAGUAGAAAAAGUACCCAGCAAUAUUGUGGCUGGACAUCAUCUGAGGAUGAGGGAGACCCAAUGGAAAAAGAUGAAGAUUGUGAGACGGAGAGGAGUGCAAGUUUUAAGGAGCAAAGAAAGGCACAUUACGAUGAGUUUCUGAAGGUAAAAGAACUCAGGCGCAAGGGUUCUUUCCUUGAGGAUGACGAUGAUGAAGAUGAAAACAGUGAGAAAGAUAGCAGAGGAGAUUCAUCUUCGUCAAUAAGCGCUGGCGUGAAAGACUUUCACGUGAUGGAGGAUGGCAAUACUUCCACUGCAAAAUCUUCUGUCCCCCUGGGUAAUUGAGUUAGAAGCAAGAAUGCGGUCCAAAGACACCAAACUUUAAAGUUGACUGCUCCUGGCUUCAUUUUAACUGUGAAAUGCAAUGUUUUGGCAUUAUUUCUGUUGUUCUUAGUGGAAACCAUGGCUUACCUUGUCAUUUUUUUUUUUUUCUUUUUCAUGUGGGAUUUGUAAAUAUUUUUUAAGACAAAUAAUUUUGUUUUCUUUAGUGGGCAUCAAUACCUCUUUUCCACGGGAGUACUUUAAAAAAAAA